GAAUACAGUAGCUGCAAAGUCUAUCUCUUGCUGUAGAGGAUCUUUCCAGCUUGCCAAGACUGAGUCAUCCUAGCACCGUCACAGAUAACAACACUGCUUUAGCAGAGGGAAUGCUUGAAGCGUACUGAUUUGCUGGGUGCCUUUCAGAUGUUAUCUCGGCAAAUGUUUCCCAGGGAGGAGACACGGAAUGGCAGUUUCCUGACUUUUAACCCUCAACGUUGAUUGUUUAAAUUCCCCUGCCAUUCCAGUAAGCAUAGCCUGUGAUGUAUGGAAGGGGACCAAGAGUGUGUCAAGGACAUUAACUGAAUGAUGCAGUUUGCAGGUCCCGCACAGUGGAGGACAAUCAUGCAUUUUGCUCGAGAUCAGCAUCCAACUUGCCUUUAUGCCACCCCCUCUACACCUUUCUUAAGAUGAACGUGGAACAAAUGGCAUCUUGCUGUCAUCACAAUGGAAGGUCAGCCGAUUGGUAAUGCAGAGAGUAUACCCCAAGCACCUUCAGGAUCCAGCCCACCAUCCUUUGUUGCCUUGCUGAAAGUACACCGAGAACUGCUGGUCAGCAAAAUCCGGAAUACCCAGUGUUUGAUUGACAACUUGAUUAACAAUGAAUAUUUCUCAAAUGAGGAUGCAGAGAUUGCUGCCCAGUACCCUACACAAGCAGACAAGGUCCGUAAAAUUUUGGAUCUAGCCCAGAGCAAAGGAGAGGAAGUUGCAGAGUAUUGCAUCUAUGUCCUACGGCAAGUUGCAGACGCUUAUUAUGAUCUUCAUCCGUGGUUGGAAGAGAUUGGGUUUUGCCCUACGGAGGUCAUUUGUAAGAAACCUGUGGAAAAUACCGACCCAGUUAGCAGAUAUCAUCAAAAACUUAGAGAUGAAUUGGGACGAGACACAAAGUUCAUCUCCUCAUAUGCCCAGAAGGAGGACAUGUUGCUUGAAGAAACUUAUUCUGCCAACAUUAUGGAGUUGAUCGAUCACAAAAAUGAGAAACUUGGUAGCGUGAACAGCUUGGAAGAUCUACUUGAUGAUAACAUUGGUUUAAUUAAUGGAGAUGGUGAGACAGUCUAUGUCUUUGGUGAUGCAGGGAUUGGGAAAUCCAUGUUGCUACAAAAGAUGCAGAAUCUAUGGUCUAAGGGUGAAUUCAGUGUAGGAGCCAAAUUUUUUUUCCGUUUCCGGUGCCGGAUGUUCAGUUGUUUUAAACAAGAUGAAGCUGUAUGUUUGAAAGACCUCCUCUUCAAGUACAAUUGUUUCCCAGACCAGGACCCAGAGGAGGUUUUUUACUUCAUCCUAAAGUUCCCUCACACAGUCCUGUUUACAUUUGAUGGUUUUGAUGAGAUUCAUUCUGACUUUGAUCUCAGCAGCGUCCCUGAGAAUUGUUCACCCAAUGAAUCUAUCCACCCACUUGCUCUGCUGGUGGGCCUCCUUAGCGGGAAACUUCUGAAAGGGUCUAGGAAAAUCUUGACAGCAAGGACUGGUACAGAAAUCCAUAAAAACAUUAUCAGGAAGAAGGCAUAUCUCCGAGGGUUUUCCAGGAGUAACCUGAAGGAAUAUACCAAAAUGUUCUUCAAAGAUGAAGAGUGUCGGACUUUGGUUUCGAACCAGCUGGAAGCCAACCCCAAUCUGAGCAGUUUGUGUUCAGUACCUUUAUUUUGCUGGAUCAUCUUCAAAUGUUACGAUCAUUUCUACUCUGCAUUUGACAGCCAUGACCUCCCUGACUGCAACGUUACGUUAACAGAUAUUUUCUUGCUCAUGACUGAAGUCCACUUGAACAGAACUCAGAAGACGAACUUGUUGAAGAAGAAUAACAGGAGUCAAGUGGAGACAUUUAGAUCCAAAAAAGAAACUUUGUUUACACUGAGUAAAAUCGCACAUGUUGGGAUGGAGAAGUCUCUCUUUAUAUUUGAUCAAGAGGAGAUCACCACCAGCCUCUGCGAGCAGGAUUUACACUUAGGGUUUCUCAGAACCGUUCCUCGCUAUGGAGACUGUGGAGAUCAAUCUUCUUAUGAAUUCCUGCAUGUGACUGUGCAGUCCUUCUUUACAGCUUUGUUCCUAGUUACUCAUGAGAAAGUGGGUACAAAGGAGCUUCUGAAGUUUUUUGCCGAAUGCUCCACUCAAGACACCACCCUGCCAACUUGCUUUCCUCUCAGGUGGUUGAAAAAUAACCGUCCAACAGCAGUAGAUCCUUUCCGGAAUAACGAGCACUUUCAUUUUACCAACCUCUUCCUUUGCGGCUUGCUUUCCAAGGCCAGGCAGAAACUCUUGAGGCAUUUGGUUUCACCAGCAUUGAUUAAGAAGAAAAGAAAGGUGCUCCUUGCCUUUUUUUUUGAGAGCAUGAAGUCCCACCUGAAAGGCCUCACCCGAGCGAGGCUAAAGGAGUACAGACAGAUUCAAGUUAUGCCCAAUUUUGUUUGGAUGCUGAGGUGCAUCUAUGAGACACAGAGCGAGAAAGUGGGGAAGGUGGUUGCUAAGGGCAUGCGUGCAAACUACAUCAAGCUGACUUACUGCAAUGCCUAUUCUGCCGAUUGCAGCGCCAUCUCCUUUGUCAUGCAUCACUUCCAGAAGCGCCUCGCUCUUGACCUGGACAACAACAACAUCAAUGAUUAUGGAAUAAAGCAACUUCUGCCUUGCUUUAGCAGGUUGGCAGUGCUCAGGGUAAGCGUUAAUCAGAUCACAGAUCAAGGAAUAAGAGUGCUUUAUGAUGAACUGUCAAAGUACAAAAUUGUGACAUAUUUGGGCUUGUAUAACAACCAAAUUACUGACGUUGGAGCCAAGUACGUUGCAAGACUCAUUGAAGAAUGCCCAAGUCUCAUAUACGUUAAGAUAGGAGCUAACAAAAUAACCACGGAGGGAGGAAAAAGCCUUGCUUAUGCCAUCCAGAAGAGUAAAACUAUGUAUGAAAUUGGAAUGUGGGGUAAUCAGGUUGGGGACGAAGGCGCAAAGGCAUUUGCGGAAGCACUGAAGAACCACCCCACUUUAACAAACAUCAGUCUUGCGUUCAAUGGUAUCACUACAGAAGGGGGCAAAAGCCUUGCAGAAGCAAUGAAGCACAACAACACUGUGAAUAUAUUUUGGCUAACAAAGAACGAGAUGGAUGAUGAAGCAGCGGAGAUCUUUGCCGAAAUGCUUAAGGUCAACAAGAAGCUGGGCCAUCUUUGGCUUAUUCAGAAUCAGAUUACGGCCAAAGGAGCCAAGUGCCUGACUGAUGCUCUCCAGGAGAAUACAACCAUUAAAGAAGUCUGCUUAAAUGGAAACCGAAUAAGCCAAGAAGAGGCAAAAGCCUUUGAAAAUGAAAAAAGGAUAAUUUGUUUUUGAGAAAUUACUUUCCAGUUUGGAUAUUUGCCUGUAUGCCAAUUACCACUGCAAUUGAAGCCAGAACACCUACAGCAGUCCAAAUUGGAACUGAGGCUAGCUUGCUACAGUCAGUCUAGAAAAUGUGUUGAAGAUCUGAGAUCAGAAUUCCCGAUGCUGUUUCUUUUGUUAAAAUCAGCUAUGGGAUUGGAUUGGGUUUGCAGAGAGGGGCAGAAGUUUGCAUCCGAUUUCAAAUCAGGGUUUUUGUGAUUUAAAUCCCCUCCUUCCCAAACCGGCUGUUACAGGAGAAAAUAACUUGGAAAGAACAGCAGAGGGGAGAAAACCCUGAUCAUAGAUGGUUCAUAUAUCAUUUAAUUACCCCUUGAAGCAUUCUUUAGUCUGCAUUUUCUUUAAAAAAACACCACCCUUGAUUUUACAUCUUAAAGGGAACAUGAUAGUAGUACCCUGCUUUCAGAGAAAUGGGUCUCUUUAAAUGAGCAGGUAUUCACCAACUGCCCUGCCAUCUCUGUGUUCCUUUGAUAUUAUUGAUGUACAUAAGUGUAAAUAAGUCUCUCUAACUUAUUUAUAUAUGGUGCAAGUUUACAAGUGGAGGCAGAAGACCCACAUAGUAACAGCGAUGCCGCCUGGUAAUCAUCAACCAUUUAUUACUAAUCAACAGGUGCCUUAGGUUCCACCAUGGCAGGUUCGCUCAUCUGAACAGGGCCUUCUGCAGGCGCCCCCUUGUACAUGGGCAAAAUCAACAACUGCUCAUACACGUGCAUCCUCUGUGGUGGCCCCCACUUUAUGGAGUAGCCUACCUGAAGAGGUUAGGAAAGCUCCUGCUCUCCUGGCCUUCUGCAAACAAUACAGGACUGAAUUAUUCAGGAGGGCUUUUUAUUCACGUGGGAGGGCUGUACUGUAAGGAAGUGGUCUCAAGGUCUCAAAAGAGAUGCAUCAGUAAAGGGAUAGGGAUUAUAAACUUUACUACUAUGUACUGUCUGCUGCUGUAAGUAUGAUCCUACUGGGUAGUUCCUAUGUUGUUUAACAUAUCAGUCUUAGAAUUGCUUGUGUUCUGUUUCAGCAUUUCUUGAACUCUGUAUUGGAUUUCUGCUGGUUUUAAAUCUUUAAAAAUUUGCUUGUAUAUACCCUAUUACAUGUUUAUUGAAAUGUCCUUGAAACUGACUGUACUGACUCACACUGUGUAAUCUGCCUUGAGUCCCAGUGAGAAAGGUGGACUAUAAAUAAUGCAAAUAAAUACUGCCUAUUGCCAGUA